GACUGUCCGGAGAUGUUAUACGAUAAGCUAAUAAUGGACUGUUGGCAAAAGGAUCGCAACCUGAGGCCUACAUUCCCUCAAAUUGUUAAAACAUUAGAUAAACUAAUUAAAUGUCCCGAGAAUUUGCAAAAACUCUGCAAAACAACGAGGUUAACUCUGGACCCGUUUGGUGAGCCCAACACUAUGUGUAUACCCGAUGUCAUCCAAUUUAAAUCUGUGGACGAGUGGUUGGCCAGCAUUAAGAUGACUCGAUAUCGGAUGAACUUCGAGCAGUCGGGAGUGACCAAUCUGUCGGCUGUGGCCCGACUCACGGCCCAGGAUCUGGCCAUCAUUGGUGUGACACUAGUUAGUCAUCAGAAGAAGCUUAUGAAUGGCAUUCAAGCGCUUCGGUUACAGACCAGUAUCGGAACGCCCGAAGGUUUUNUAUAA